UUUAAUUUUUUUAUUCUAGGCCUUCAGUUUUGCUUGUGAAGCCUGCCAAAAGGUGACAUUUAAUAUACCUUCUAAACUAGAGGCAGACAGAAUGGUCGGCAGAGUUAAUUUGAAAGAGUGCCUCAGGUCUGCAAAUCUCAUCCAGUCAAGUGACCCUGAUUUUAGAGUUCUAGAUGACGGGUCUAUAUACACAGCCAGUGCUGUUGUGUUAUCUGAUCAGAAGAGAUCAUUCACCAUAUGGCUUUCAGACACAAAUAAACAGACCCAGAAGGAGAUUACUGUGCUCCUGGAACAUCAGAAAAAGGUACUGAGGAAAAGACACACUAAAGAAACUGUUCUCAGGCGGGCCAAGAGGAGAUGGGCACCUAUUCCCUGUUCAAUGCAAGAGAAUUCCUUGGGCCCUUUCCCUUUGUUUCUUCAACAAGUUCAGUCUGAUGCAGCACAGAACUAUACUGUCUUCUAUUCAAUAAGUGGACGUGGAGUAGACCAAGAACCUUUAAAUUUGUUUUUCAUAGAAAGAGACACUGGAAAUCUAUAUUGUACUCGGCCAGUGGAUCGUGAAGAAUAUGAUGUUUUUGAUCUGAUCGCCUACGCGGCCACCGCCGACGGCUACUCGGCAGACCUGCCCCUCCCGCUGCCCAUCCGGGUGGAGGAUGAGAACGACAACGCCCCGGUCUUCACGGAGCCCACUUACAGCUUCCAAGUCCCGGAGAGCAGCAGGCUUGGUACUACAGUGGGAGUGGUCUGCGCCACGGACAGAGAUGAACCAGACACGAUGCACACGCGCCUGAAGUAUAGCAUUAUGGAGCAGAUACCAAGAUCACCUGGGCUCUUUGCUGUGCAUCCCACCACAGGCGCAAUCACCAUCGUCUCUCAAUAUUUGGACAGAGAGGUUGCAGACAAGUACAAAUUGAUACUGAAAGUACAAGACAUGGAUGGUCAGUUUUUUGGAUUGAUAGGUACAUCAACUUGCCUAAUCACAGUAGCAGAUUCAAAUGACAAUGCACCUGUUUUCAGACAAAAUGCUUAUGAAACAUCAGUAGAGGAAAAUACAUACAAUGUGGAAAUCUUACGGCUACCUAUAGAAGAUAAAGAUUUACCCGACAGUGCCAACUGGAGAGCCAAUUUUACCAUCUUAAAGGGCAAUGAAAAUGGGCAUUUCAAAAUCAGUACAGACAAAGAAACCAAUGAAGGUGUUCUGUGUGUUGUAAAGCCACUGAAUUUUGAAGAAAACCAUCAGGUGAUCCUGGAAAUUGGAGUAAGCAAUGAAGCCCCUUUUACUAGAGAUGUUGCACUCAGGACAACCAUGAACAGAGCUUUGGUCACAGUUCAUGUGAGGGACCAGGAUGAAGGGCCUGAAUGCAACCCUGCAGCCCAAUACGUACGGAUUAAAGAAAAUUCAGCAGUGGGGUCCAAGAUGAAUGGUUAUAAGGCAUAUGACCCCGAAACUAGAAGUAGCAGCGGUAUAAGGUACAAAACAUUGCAUGAUCCUAAAGGGUGGAUCACCAUUGAUGAAAUGUCAGGGUCAAUCCAAACUAUCAAAAUUCUGGACAGGGAGGCCACAACUCCCAGAAAUGAUGCGUAUAACAUUACGGUCCUGGCAAUAGACCAAGAUGGUAGAUCGUGUACUGGAACACUUGCCAUUAACAUUGAAGAUGUGAAUGAUAAUGCACCAGAAAUACUUCAAGAUUAUGUAACAAUUUGCAAACCAAAGAUGGGGUAUACUGACAUUUCAGCUUUCGAUCCUGACGAACCUAUCCAUGGCCCUCCAUUUUAUUUCAGCUUGGCAAACCCUUCUGCAGAAGUCAACAGAAUAUGGACCCUCUCCAAAGUUAAUGAUACAGCUGCCCGUCUUUCGUAUCGGAAAAAUGCUGAAGUUAAAGAAUAUAAUAUUCCUAUUACUGUAAAAGAUAGAGCAGGUCAAUCUGCAACAAAAACCUUGAGAGUUAAUCUCUGUGAUUGUACUCAUCCAAGUCAAUGUCUGGGGGCUUCAAGGAGUGUGGGAGCAUCACUCGGAAAAUGGGCGAUCCUGGCGAUACUACUGGGUAUAGCACUACUUUCUUCUGUAUUGCUAACUUUAGUAUGUGGAGCUGUUGGUGCCAGGAAAAAAAAAGGUUUUCCUGAAGAUUUGGCACAGCAAAAUUUAAUUAUCUCAAACACAGAAGCACCUGGAGAUGAUAAGGUGUGUUCUGCCAAUGGGUUUAUGACCCAGACAGUCAACAACUCUACCCAAGGCUUUUGUGGUACUAUGGGAUCAGGAGUCAAAAAUGGAGGGCUGGAAACCAUUGAAAUGGUGAAAGGAGGGCACCAUACCUUGGAGUCAUGCCGGGGUCAUCAUCACACCCUGGACUCUUGCAGGGGAGGACACGUGGACAUGGAAAACUCCAGAUACACUCAUUCAGAGUGGCAUAAUUUCACUCAGCCUCGUCUUCGUGAAAAAUUGCACCUAUAUAAUCAGAAUGAAGACCACCUCUCAUCGCAAGAUUAUGUGCUUACAUACAACUACGAAGGAAGAGGGUCUCCAGUUGGUUCUGUAGGUUGCUGCAGUGAAAAACAGGAAGAAGAGGGUCUGGACUUUUUAAAUAAUUUGGGAGCUAAAUUUACUGCACUGGCAGAAACAUGCACAAAGAGAUAAAUGUUACAGGGCUACAACUAGACAUUAUCCUGUCAGACAUUCUGGGGGUUUCUGGAAGGAAUGCUGUAAAAUUCAGUUUCUAAAUAGAUACAUGUGAAUAUAUAUGAAUUUUUCUAAAUUUUGAAUUAUGCUAAUUGC